GGAAAGAGCGGAGACCUCGAGAGAAGCCACGCAAACUGCGUUACGACUCGAAUCCGUGAUUCUGAAGAAACAAUAGCGUAUGUUCUUGAUCUAUUCCGAUUCUUUCUUUGGAUUGAGUUCCUGUUGUCUUCAUGGAUAAAUCACAGGUAGGGGAAUUGCCAGUGUUUCCUUCGGCGGAAAUGGAGGGAUACGUUCCGAAAUCAGUUGCAGUGAUCGCCUGUACGGCCAUGACUAUCUUCUACGUUGCGAUUCUCUACGCUCCGACUCUGAUCCUUCGCCUUCCUCAUCCUACGUCAUUGAAUAACUUCAUGAUUCGAAGGUUCGUCUGCGCCGGGAUCUCUACCAUUGUGUCCAUCUUCUUUUGUGCGCUCAUCCUUCCUAUGAGAAGGUUGGAGGCAUCAUCUGUACUAGGUGCUUAUGGCAUCCGGUUGGACCAUUUGUGGCAUGCUGUGGUCAUUCCUAUUUCAUUGACUUCUCUGGUAUACACUGGUUCUCUCGUCUCUAAGUUUAUGUCACUGUUGAGUUCAUGGAACCAACAUGAAAUUUGCGGUGAAGGCUCUUUGUCCGAGUGUGUAAAAAUUGCUUCCCAAAGGUUUCUUGAGAGGAUCUCUGAAAUGGCGUCUAAUGUUUUGGUUUGGCGUAAUUACUUUGUGGCACCAUUGACAGAAGAGUUGGUGUUCAGGGCAUGCAUGAUACCUUUACUUCUUUGUGGGGAAUUCGGAACAUACAAAGUCAUGUUACUCAGCCCUAUUUUCUUCAGUUUGGCGCAUUUAAACCAUUUUCUAGAGCUUUAUUGUCAGCAGAAAUAUACCUUUAUCAAAGCUUCUAUGAUAGUAGACCUUUUUUACCCACAAAGCCAUAUGGGUUUAAGGAACUGUCUCCAGCUUUGCUACACUGUGAUUUUUGGGUGUUAUGCAUCUUUUCUCUUCAUGCGAACUGGACAUCUCCUUGCUCCAAUAGUUGCUCAUAUAUUUUGUAAUAUGAUGGGAUUGCCUGCCUUGUCCAGACGGAAUAAAGGUUUAACAAGUGUUGCAUUUGUGGCUGGCGUGGCUGGUUUUUUAUGGUUUCUUUUUCCUGCCACCCAUCCGGAUUUGUAUAAUGACAGAACAGAUAGUUGCAGGUGUUGGCACGGGUACUGUAGAUGGAACUGAAAUUGUGUGAAAUAUUCCUUUAUCAUGAUAUGGGUAGAUCUGUAUGGAUAUCAAAUGCUAUUAUUGUAUUUUAAGUUCUUGAUUUUUUUCACAAUGCUGUAGCAUUUGAUUGAUUCAAACACCAAUGAUUACUGUGGGACUUGGUA